UCAUACUAAUAAUUAUCACCAUUCCGGAAACCUGUUCGACCGCCACCGCCGCCGCCUUCGGAUAAUAAUAAUGAUGAUUGAUUGUCAAUAAAUAAUUGACACCAGUUGGCUGGUUAAGCUUCUGCUCUGCGUUUCCUUCCGUGUUUAUAUGGUUUUCCUGAGCCGGAAAAACAGUUUUACAUCUCAGGAGACCAACUACACGAUAAAUCCGUACACGAUUAGCAUGCGUGGUGGCCAAUAAACAAUAAUGGCUUUUCUGUGUCCCGUGAGAAUACGCCGAGGCAAGAAGAAAAAAAGUGGUUCUACUAGUGACUUGGACAAAGAGGUGUUAAGAGGAACCAAUGCUAAUGGACCGGUUCCCGGCAUGGGACGUAUUACGGGUAGUGCAUCCAUAGAAACACUAGUACGUGUUGGGAUCGAGAAAGAAAAUGGUUUGUCGCCUGAUAGCAAAAUGGUUGUACUUCAUGAUUUUACACCUUGUGUAGAUGAUGAGCUGACUGUGAAACGAGGCCAGGUGGUGAACAUUCUAUACCGAGAGAAUGACUGGGUAUAUGUAAUUGCUGAAGACAGUCGUCAAGAAGGAUUUAUACCUCAUUCGUACUGUACACCUUAUAAUUCACAACUUGGUGAAAUAGCUUUAAAUAAUGUCAAAAAGAAAUUACCACGUGCGCCAGCUGCUACACCAACUGAAACUGUUGUUGAAGUUGAAAUCAAUGAGCAACCAAAACAUGGCAAUUGUGGUGAUUUAUCUGAUUGUGAAAGUUUUGGAAAUAAAAAUCAAAAUAAACAGAAUAUUAGUAGUUCUAGAGCAUCUUUAUUAAGUGCAUCUUCACAUCCUGAGAUUCGGCCAUUUUUUAAAGACCCUGCCGGGCGUUACAUUGUGUUAUACACUUUCAUAGCAAGAGAUGAAAAUGAUGUAAGUGUUGAGAGAGGUGAAUUUGUGACUGUAUUAAACAGAGAAGACCCUGAUUGGUAUUGGAUUAUUCGUAGUGACGGACAGGAAGGUUUUGUUCCUAGUGGCUUUGUAUAUCCAGCUGAUAUAAUACAAGGGCAUAUAAAUCAAAUGAAUAAUAAUCAAUGUGCUGGUACUACUAAUACUGGACUACCUCCGGUUACACGAGCACGGCCUCGUAAAAACUCUUGCGUGGCUGAUGAUGAUCCAGCAAUUCAUGGUACUGAAAUGGUAAUGCUUUAUGAUUAUAAGCCUCAAGCCCCAGAUGAUUUGUCAGUUAAGCGUGGUGAAUGGAUAUAUGCAGAUCUUGACAAUCAAAUGGUUGAAGGGUGGUUAUGGACCUAUGCUCCCAAAACAAGAAAAUAUGGUUUCAUACCUAAAGCAUAUGCUCAUCCACCUGCUAUGACCAGUUUGUAAAUAUAUUACAGCUGAUAUUGUUGGAUAAUUCCUGUAUAAAAAUACUAUUUUAAGUAUCAAAUAAGAACCCAAUAAUAUUAUGUAAGCUGAUCAUAACUCCUUUAUUUCUAUUUAUUAUUCUUCUUAUACCUUCGAUGAUCUUUCAAAACUAAUAACUGUGAUAUUUUGUAGGAUAAUGGGAUUGGUAAUGAUAAUUAUUUAGACAUAUUAAUAUAGUUUUAUAAUAACAAUAGAAUAUUUAAAUUUUUAUGAUAGUAACAUAAAUCAUGAAUCUGAUUUGUUUUAAAGAUAUGAAUAAUAAAAAUAAGACUUAAAGUUUAUCCUUAAAAAGGUUAUGUAUAAAACUAAAAUUAUUUAAAAUAUUGUUAAUUUUAACUUAAUGAGUAACUUAAACCUUAAAUUACUCUUGUAAAUGAUACUUGAAUAAUGCUCUAACUUUGACUUAUAUAAUAAAUAGAUUAGGGAAAACGGUUGAUAAGUAAUGUCCACAAAACUUCACUUCCCUUUAUUUAAAAUCAUUCGUGAUUAAAAAUUAUAUAAUGUAAUAGCAGUUGAAGUUAAAAGAUGAAAUUUAUCAAUAAAAAAGGUCAGAAUACAGAAACCUUCUAUAUUCUUUCCGAAUGACAUUGUAAAAGAUUUUUUGAGGACUUAUUAUUUAGGUUAUCAAAAUUUAUCUCGACAAGAUUUGAGUUGUCAGAAUUUUACUAUUUAAAAAUACAUAAGAGAUUUAAACUUAAAUGUCUUAAAAAACUAAAACAAAAGUUGUAUAUUUGUAUGUUUUUGAUUUUUUAUAGUUUAUGUGCUAGUUUUAUUAAUUGAAAAAUCCAUCGCUGAAUUUAAAAUGUUUAAUAAUACUAUAAAGUUUUUACUUCUAUUAUAUUUUUAAUUUCA